UCGUACAAACAAAUGGUCUAAGCGACAUCUGGGGAUAGUCUUUAAGUAUAGUGUUAACCACUAGAUGUAUUGAAAACCAAUUGUGCGAACCGAAUUGACAGAAUAAUGACAAAUGAAUUAGAAAUUUUAAAUCCAGGGGAUGAAACUGCCACCAAGGCAAGUGUCAGUGAUGUGACGGCACGGGCUUUGUACGACUUUGAUGCACAGCCUGGCACAGGAGAACUCAGUAUCAAGGAGGGGGAAAUCCUUGCAGUUUUACGGCAGGAUGUGGGGGAAGGAUGGUGGGAAGGUACCAAUUCUCAGGGACAAACUGGACUCUUCCCUGCAGCAUAUGUGGAGGAGGUGACAACUGCACCUCCUUCCAUGCCUCCACCACCACUGCCAACAGAGUAUGCAAACACAGGUGAAUGGGCAGACAAUUGGUCUAACGUUGGUGCUGGAACUGGAGGUGGAGGUGGAGGCGAAGGCGUAGGCUGGAAUGCAAACACAGCUUCUAAUGUUGGUUACAAUGCGGAGACUCAAAAAAGACCUGUGUCACAACAGAUGAGCUACGAUAAUGAUGAUUGGGAUGACGACUGGGAUGAUGACGAUUCGGAAACAGGCACCAGCAAUCUCAAUGGUGCAGGCAAUUUUGGAUUAUCAGCACCCAACCGUUCUGUAAAACCAACAAGCAGUGUUGGGGAUGUUAGUUCAGCAGGUCGUGAUGGCCGUGGAACUGUGAAGAAGAGCUUCAAUCGUUUCUCCAAUCUAGCAAAGAGUGGAGUAGAGGAUUUCCUUGUGGGGGCUGGAAAGGCAUCAGUGGAUGAGAAGGAAAAGGUAUUUGUAGACGAGACGGCAAAUGGGCCACGGUGGAGACCAAAUCCCCAUGAAUUUACAUGUGCUAUAUCUUCACCCAAAAAAGAAUCAAAAUUCCAUGGAAUGAAAAGUUUCAUUGCUUACACAGUUAUGCCAUCAUUUUCUUCAACAUCAGUUUCAAGGAGGUACAAACAUUUUGACUGGAUACAAGCUCGACUGAGUGAGAAGUUCCCUCUCAUACCAAUACCACCACUUCCAGAAAAACAGAUAUCAGGUCGAUUUGAGGAAGAUCUAAUUGAAUACAGAAUGACAAUGUUGCAGUCUUGGAUAGAUCGAAUUUGUCGUCACCCAGUAGUAGCCCAGUGUGAGGUAUUCCACCAUUUUGUAACCUGUCCAAAUGAUGAGAAAUUAUGGAAAACUGGCAAGCGAAAAGCUGAAAAUGACAAAUUGGUUGGAGCAAACUUCUACCUGGCCAUUGAGCGAUCAGAUCAACCUUUGGACAUGAUCCAGACGGAAGCCAAAUUAGAAGGGUACACUCGCUUCUUCUCCAAUAUGGAUGAGGCUGUGAAGUUACUACAGAACACUUGCUUGGACCAAGCCAAAAAGCAUCAGACAGCUUAUAAGAGAGAAUAUAACAAGGUUUCACAUGCAUUCUCCAAGCUUAGUCGAGCAUUUGACACAGAUCCAUCUAACUGUGCUCCAGGACUGACUGAAGCCAUCCAUCAUGUCAGUGAGGCUUAUGCAGAUAUAGGCACAGUAUUUGAGGAAGAACCAAAGCAUGAUUGGGAUCCUUUGUGUAAUCUUCUGUUCGAGUACAAGGGUCUGAUAGAUGGAUUUCCAAGUGUCAUCUCAGUUACCAAGGGAGCAAUAGCAAAAAGGAGACAAGUGGAGAAGGAGGCUAGUGAAGGAAGGUUGGACUAUGACCAGGUUCCUCCCAUGAUUAAGCGCUCUGACACAGUUGCGUACGCCCUUCAUGCAGAAGUAGCACAUUUCCAUGAUGAACGCACCAGGGACUUCAAGAAGGCAAUGACUUCUUUCCUCACUGAACAAAUCAACUUUUAUCAAAAGGUGCUAGGGAAGAUGCUGGUCGUGAUCUUGGCGACGGCUGUCAUGAGCGGCCUUUGUAUGGCUGCGACGGACGCCACAGGCUGUCCCGUGAGCUUCCGCGGGAAGUGCCACUGCGGCCUGGCUUAUUCGCGCUACGACAGCUUCAAAGAUAAAAGAUACACCGUCAACUGCACAAACACGGGAUUCUCGACGACGGACAUGCUUCACGAAUUACCAGAAGAUACGGAGGUGCUCAUCUUCACCGGGAAUUACGUGCCGGAACUCCCUGCCAAUGUCCUGGACAACUUGAAGGACUACAGUGAUCUGGACGCCAUCGAUAUGUCCAAUAACAACAUCCGCUUCAUCCAGGGCAAGACUUUCCAUAAGGUCUAUACCGUGACAACUUUGGUCCUGGACCAUAAUGACCUCGAGAUCACGGACGACAAAGAGCGGCCCAGGAUUUUCAGCAACUUUGAGGGAUUAGAACGUCUGCAUCUCACCAACGCCUUUACGGAGAGGAUUAACGCAUCUGAUUAUCUUCUUAGCCUGGAAGACAUUUUCUACGAGAGCAAAUUGACAGAACUGAGAGUUCUUCACUUGGAACAAAACGAGAUCUGGUCAAUCGGGAGAAACCAAAAGGUGUUCUGCCAGCUUCCCAAAAUAGAGCAGAUCCUCCUGGGAGACAACAGACUGGUGGAUUUCGACUUCAGGAUAGAUUGUCUUCCUGAAUUGCGAUAUCUUGAUUUAGAGAGGAACAUGAUUUCCAGACUUACUGACGAGGCAAUGACAAGACUAGAUGCCUUUUCCAAUAAAAAAGGAAGUGUACUGCAGAUAAAUAUGGAAGAAAAUCCCUUUGUAUGUGACUGUCGCUCCAAGGCCUUCAUUCAUUGGCUAAACUCAACAGAGAUAGAUGUGUUGAGAAGCACAACCUACAAAUGCGUUGAUGGAUAUCCAAGAACAAAUAUCGAGAAGCACCUUCAGGAGGUGCAACAGCUGACUUGUCCCUCGUUCAAGAGCAAAACUAGUAUCAGCGACGACGUCUUCACGGAACGCGAACUUGAAGAUUUCCACAACACCCAUUAUGGAGAUCACCACAUCACUGGCUACUCAUCAGCAACCAUCGGCGCUCUGUCCUUCUUGCUCGUGUUUACUUCUUCUUUGUUGCUAGCCGUGGCCUACUUCCAUCGCCAGAAAUUAAAGUACUUGGCUACACCUGUCUGGACAUUCAUAACCAGAUACGUUGGCUAUACGGGCAUUGCCGACGAGGAAACUCCGCGGGAAGUGAAUGUCUAGUUUUAAGCUGUUGCAGAGGCGUGUAGUAGUGUAAUGGUGUCCAUAAUAAAGCGCCACUUCGAAUAUA